UGCAAUGGGAGAAUGAUGAAAUAAAUGAGAAGAUUAAAGCGAAUUUCAUUAUCCAAUCCUAGUUUAGAAACGAGGCGGGAUUUAAGGUAACUAAGGCAAGUCCGGGCUAGUAUAAAGCGAAUAACAUGGUGUCCCAGAGGCUGUUUAUGUUUACUUAAAGAGCACAUCCAAGUGGAGCAUAUUUCCAGACAGCGAUUUAUAUAUAUAUUAAUAUAGUUUCAGUUUGUUUUUUUACACUUUGUUUAUUUUAAUGUUCCGAUUUACCUGCUUAGUGGCAUGUAAAUCUCCUACUUUACUAAUGUGCCAGUCUUACAAAUGGAAAGAGGGCUUCACUUUGGAAGCGUGAGCAUUUCCCUGGUGCUCCUGCUGCUGCUGGAGGCGCUCAUCGUUCCCGGGUUUACCCAGACUCAGGGCUCCGCCAUCGGUCUGGAGCCGCGCUCCGAAAGCCGAGUGUCGACGGCGACCUCGGGGCUACAGGAAGCCGCGGAGGUGCGCGGCUUGGAGAACCCGGGCAGCCAGGUGUCUGGAGCGGACGUUAUCGUGGAGGACGACGAGAACUGGUCGGCAGGAGAGGCCGACGAACCCCGGGGAGAACCGGACGGAAAUGUUCGACCUACAAGGUCCCUUGUGAUCAUCAGUACCCUGGAUGGGCGGAUCUCUGCGCUGGAUCCUCACAACCAGGGCAGGAAGCAGUGGGACCUGGAUGUUGGCUCAGGAUGCUUGGUGUCCUCCAGCCUCAGCAAACCUGAGGUAUUUGGCAAUAAGAUGGUUAUACCUUCACUGGACGGUGCCUUGUUCCAGUGGAACCCGAACAGAGAGAGUAUGGAGGCCGUGCCUUUCAGUGUUGAUUCACUGCUGGAGUCGUCCUACCGCAUCGGAGACGACACUGUCCUGGUCGGGGGCAAGUCCAUCACUACCUAUGGUCUGGGGGCCUACAGCGGAAAGAUUCGGUACAUUUGCUCUGCGGGGGGCUGCAGUCAUUGGGGGGACGAGGAGACUGAGGCAGAGGACGUCCUCCUACUGCAGAGGACUCAGAAAACCGUACGAGCCAUCAGGCCUCGAUCAGGAAUGGAGAAGUGGAACUUCAGUGUUGGCAGCUUUGAGCUGAAGCUGGUCCCUGAGAAGCAGUCUGGAAUGAACUUCCUUGAAGGAGACGUGGCCAACGAGGACACCUGGAAUGAAAGCCAGAGAGUCAUCAUCGAUGAACCAAAGGAGAGGGAGCAAAUGGACAACAAGCAGAACCAAAACCAACAUUUGGACCUCGUCAUCAAAGUGUCUGUUCCUGAUUGGAAGGUCAUGGCCUUCAGCACCGAGCCAAAUGGACAGCUGGUCUGGGAGCAUCAGUUCUGCACACCUAUCGCCUCCGCCUGGCUGGUGGGGGGGGGUAAAGUCACACCGAUCAGCCUAUUUGAUGACACGGCCUACAGCAGCCAAUCAGAGUCUGAAGACGAUCUAGAGGAGGAUCCUGAUUUGGACCGGAGUGCUGCUGAGUCCAGUGUCUACCUCGGGAUGUUCCAGGGGCAGUUUUACCUCCAGUCAUCAGUAAGGAUCUCUGAAAAGUUCCCGACUAAAGCUAUCGGAUCAGAGAAAGAUGUAAUUUCAGUCCCCACUGUUAAAUGGAAGCCUCUUAUACAGUCCCCAUCCAGAACUCCAGCUCUGGUCGGCUCUGAUGAAUUUGACAAAUGUCUGAGUAAUGACAAGUAUUCCCACGAUGAAUACAGCAAUGGAGCCUUGUCCAUUCUGCAGUAUCCAUACGACAACGGUUACUACUUCCCCUACAGCAAGAAUUACCGGGAGAAACGAGAAAGUGCCAUUAGUCUGAUAAAGGGAAACGAGGCGGGAUCGGACAACAGGAGGAGGAAGGACCCAGUGCUGCUGCUGCCCUGGUGGAAGGAAAUCCUUGGCACCAUUGUUUUCUGCAUCGCUGCCACCACCUACGUGGUCCGCAGGUUCUUCCACCCUCCUGCCCCCGUGGCCUAUGUGAGGCAACGGAAAGAGUCCGAGACACAGUGCCAGACUGACAGCAAGUUUGACCUUGAAGUUGUUGAAUCCAGAGAGGCGGUUGCCAUGGAGAACCGCUUCAGUGAAUACGUGUCCAGGUACCUGACAGACUUCGAGCCCGUGCAGUGCCUUGGCAGAGGGGGCUUCGGUGUUGUCUUUGAAGCCCGUAAUAAAGUGGAUGACUGCAACUACGCCAUCAAAAGAAUCCGCCUGCCCAACAGGGAGCUGGCCCGGGAGAAGGUGAUGCGAGAGGUGAAGGCCUUGGCCAAGCUGGAGCACCCUGGGAUCAUCCGGUACUUCAACGCCUGGCAGGAGAGCCCACCUGAGGGCUGGCAGGAAGAAAUGGACCAGAGGUGGCAUAAGGAUGUCAGUACCACUGACUGGCCAAUGAGCAUCCUGGACCCCAUGGAGGUGCUGUCAUUCAAAGUACCGGUGUCCAGCUCUCUGUCCCCCACCUCUGUUCCGGGGGGAGACACUCUGGAGGGGUCCGUUGACGCUCAGGUUCUCUCCAACAGCACAGUGGGCUUUGAGGCAGAGGACACCAACCUUUCCUUCCAGCCGCUUCUCGGCCACGACAGCCUGAUGUCUGAGAGGGACAGCCAGGCAGACCCCGACGCCUCAGACACCCCCGACUCAUUCGAGCUCUGUCCUCCCCGUGGGCCUAGCGACUGCACCUCCUCAUCCUUUGACAUCGUGUUCGAGGACUCUGGCUGCGACCGAGAUGCAGAGGCUGACACAGACUCAGGGCCGAACACAGCCAGUCCCAAAACACUGACGGAGAAGAAAACUUCUUCUUCUUCUUCACUCAGCAGACAGCAGGAGGUUGUUUCACCUUCCACCUCCAGUCCUCCUCGCCCAACCACGCUCACGUUGGCUCUUCCUGCUAAUUCGGCCCCACAGCGCUUCCAGCCUUCCCCAAAGGUGUACCUGUACAUCCAGAUGCAGCUCUGUCGGAAGGAGAACCUGAAGGACUGGAUGGCUCAGCGCUGCUUGCCGGACCAGAGGGAGCUCAACCAAUGUCUGGACAUCUUCCUGCAGAUCGCAGAGGCUGUCGACUUCCUGCACAGUAAGGGUCUCAUGCACAGAGACCUUAAGCCUUCCAACAUCUUCUUCACCAUGGAUGAUGUGGUGAAAGUGGGAGACUUUGGCCUGGUGACUGCUAUGGACCAGGAGGAUGAUGAGGAGGAGCCGAGCGUCCUGACACCUGCCCCCCUCCUCACCCGGCACACAGGCCAGGUCGGCACCAAGCUCUACAUGAGUCCAGAGCAGCUCUCUGGUAACUCGUACUCUCAUAAAGUGGACAUUUACUCGCUGGGUUUGAUCCUGUUCGAGCUGCUGUAUCCCUUCAGAACCCAGAUGGAGAGAGUGAGGACGCUCACAGAGGUGAGAGAUCUGCGCUUCCCAGAGGUUUUCUCCAAAAACAACGCUCAAGAGCUGAGUAUGGUCCGCAGCAUGCUGUCUCUGAGUCCUAGUGAGCGUCCGGAGGCAGCUGACAUCACUGCCAUGUCCCUCUUCCAGGAGCUGGAGCUGCCCUGCCGGCUCGCCGUCAGGCAGCGCUCCCGCAGCUACAGCUCCUCUUCAAUGGGUCGUCCCUCACGUCAGACAUCAUCCAGCUGAAAAUCCGUCCCCUCCAAUCUGCCCUCCCUAGCUCCCAAUCCGCUGAUAUUCUACCCAAGCCCCUCCUGGUCAUCAUCAUCUCAUCAACCAAGAAAACUUACACAAACUUUUAAAAACAGACAAUAUCCUGCACCGUUAAUUUAGCAAACUUGUGUCAUUUAUUGUUAAUGCAGCAUUAUAAGAUCCUGCUUUCACCCUUAAACAGGAAAGGUUACUUCCAAAGGGGAUGGACUUUGCUUAAGGUGGACUUGCAGAAAUGUCUUUGUGGGUAUUUAAACAAAAUCUGAAUAACAGAUGUGGAAACUCUAUGGCUUCCAGUCAGCUCUAUGUAAAACUGCCCAGUCAUUUAUCUGCAGCAUCUACCUGAGAUUCUUCUGUGAGAAAAACUGCUGCUUUCUGUUCUCCAGCAUGGCAGAUGUAAUCAUUCUUAACUCUUAAGUCAGUGACAGCGAUGCUUAAAGAAAAAGAUCUGGUCUAAACAUGCUGCCCGCUCCCACACUGAACCAGUGUUCACUUCAAACAAACAUGCUACACCUCAGGUAUCCAAACCAAGGGGACACUCCAAAGGGGCCUUUGAUGCUUGUCUUCUGACACAAUCUGCCUGAUUUGGGAGACCAAAAAAAAAAAAAGGAAUCGUUUUCAUAAUCGUUUUUAAAUAAGAGAAGAUCUUGUAUUGCAUAGAAAGGAGAUUAAAUCCUGUCCAUCAGAUGUGACUUGCCUUUAGAAAGGGGCGGUUUGCCCUCUCAGAGUGAAUGCUGAGCUUAUGUCUUUUUGCAUGGAUCAGACCGGAAAUGAAGGAAUGAAUGGGAGUUUUUUUUUUUUUUUUUUCUUUGAGUAAAUUUUCCAGAUCGAUUUUCCGAGGUGCUUCAACCUUUUCUAACACCUCUUCUUUACUAUCUGUACAUAGCUGAAGUCAAACCUUGUGUAUAUCUUUUCCUUUUCUUAAGAUAACUUUGUGCGAUGUUGUACAUAUCUAAGGCGCCAUUGCUUGUAAAAGGCUUUUUUUUUUCAUAUUGAACUGUAAGAUAGUGUGAUAUACUGUGAGAGAUGAAACAAAGAGGAGGUUCGCUCUUUGCCAUUAAUGGAUAGCUGAAUGUUACAGUGUGACCCCACACACACAGACAGAUGACAGCGGUCACAUCCUGGAAACUUCUCAGUGUUUGUUUUCAUUCAUUUGGGCAACAAAAUGGAGAGCUUUGCCUUGCUUUGAAAGAAGGGAGGGGAGCUUGCAGGAGCCAGAUUGCCAUUUGAAGGACAGCUAAGUGUACUUUUCUGUAACCGAUAACUCGCCUCAUAUUAUGGAUUAUCUUGACCGUUGUGAUUUAACACUUUCCUGCUCACUCACAAAAACCCUACAGAUCCACUGAUCACCUUUUCCAGGCCGAUGGAAAGACUGGAUGGCUGCUGGUUAUGAUAAAAUAACCAAAUCCCUAUUUGUAGAGAUGCAUUGAAUAAUCGGGAGGAGACUUUAAUCUCUGAACAAACCGUAGCAAAGCAUUAGGAGUUUGUGAUAACCACAACUCAGUUUGGAUGAUGGUAAAUUCUAUCCAAGUCCAAAAAGGUGCAUAAAAGUUAGCUGAUGUGUUUACAGACCCAAAAUUGUAGGUAUUUUCAGUUUUGAGAAGUUAAAACAUGUCUGAUCUAUUGUAGCUUAAACGGUGCAUCUCUACAGAAAUGAACACAUCCUGAGUUCUUCAGCUCUCAUGUGUUGCAGGAAAGCAGCAUUUGCUUGAAGUCAUCACUGUUUAAUCCCCUCUGCUCAGCCUGUGGGGAACCUGGACCUGCUGACGGUUGUCUAAUCCUCAUGGCCUUUGUUUUAUGUGCUGGAAGAGUCACAUGACCUGUUUGGAACUACACACAAACUGUUAAUUGUAGUUGUGCUUUCUAUGAUUGUACUUUUCUAAAGAUUUUCUUUUUCACGAGUGCAGUUUUUUUCAUUCCUCUGCAGGUUUUUAUAUAAUUUAAGUCGGACACAGGAAAUCAAGCAGAUUUUUCGUUCUUUGACCUGAUCAGCAUAUAGAGAAUAGUACAUGGUAAACAAAAAAAAAAAAAAAUAAAGUUCUACUCUUUUCUAUUUCUAAACAAAACAUCCUCACAGUCUGUUUGUUAAGAGCUUUUUAUAUGAUUGAGCCACAUCUAACCAAACCCUUUACAUUUACAUUUUUGUAAGUUAGUUCAAUCCUUUUAUGAGAGGAUGUUUUUGUAAAAUUAAUAUGUAAUUCUUCUCUUUAAUUAUUGGGGGUUUUCCUAGAGAAAUUGUUCUGGAGGUUCUGGAAAUAUGUUUACUCCAAAGAGCUGUUGCAUAAAGAAAAAAAAAUCCUGUACUUUAUUCACCUACCUAUACCGUAUCAUCUUUGUGUACUGACUCCAGCAUUACUGAUUAGUGUAUUAUCAGAAGGUUAACACGUUUUUGAGACAAUAGAAAAUGUGAUUCCAUUAAUUUUUUCAUCCUUUUGUUUUUUGUUUUUUUUUAAACCUGAGCAGUUUUCUCAGAUAAUUGUUCAAAUAAAAAUGAAGUUCUUUGUGUGUCUCAGGCCUCUGGCUGGACAGGCAGUUGCUUGAUCCUGCACACCCAUCCUGUUUCUCUCCCCCUUUGUUGAACUGUAAAUAUGUCAAUUUGGUUUAUUUAUGUUUUGUUGGCGUGAUCAAUCCUUUGGGGGUUGGUGUAAUACUGAGCGCUUCAUGCCAUGGAGCGCAUUGAAAUACGACUUCUUAUAAGUCUGAACUUAAUAAACUGUUCUCUACAAUUUUCACAGUU